AUGUCAACCAGAACAAGCACCCGCACAAGCACGGUCUUGAGUUCCCAAAGGACUCAGCAGAAAUCCCAGGAAAAUCCCAAACCUUUCAACAAACGACCAGCGAGGAGUGACCACAGUCAAGCUGUACCUGUCAAAGUGCGAAAGCUCUCGCGCUCCGAUAGUGCAACCCGAAGAGCUUAUGUUGAGAUCCCAGCCAAAACUCUGGCUUCAGCCCUUAAGCGACGUGAAGAGAGUAUUUCUUUGCGCAAGGACCCGCCCGCCGCUGUGGUGCCUGCGAAGAGGUCACCGGGAAAAGUGCGAUUUUUUCAGCAAGGAUCGACGCAGGGCAGUCGUCGUCCUCCUAAAGAACAACCCCAAGGUAACAUUCAAACCUCAGGCGACACGGUUCAAGUCGUGGUGCAACUACCGAGCCUCGUAGAUGGCAGGGGGGGCAGGAGAAGCAAUAGCCCACAGCGGAAGACUGAAAAUGUCGCCGAGGACGACGAGACCGCUAUCGUCACAACGCAAAUCGAGCCAUCCCAAAGAUUGAGCCCAAACCCAGACGCCGACUUCCAAACGCGCUAUCGCGAAAUCAAGUCCCUCGCCUGGAUCUGGGUCAAGAACUACUUCUCCGACAUCACCCCCGAAGCCAAGAAAUCCCUCAACCUUCUCCAUCUAGCCCACACCUCCCCACAGUUAAUGGAAUGCGCGAACUGGAUAUCCUGUUGCGGGCAGAAAAGAACAUGGGAAGGCGUCUUCAACGAGCAGAGAGCGCAGCUUGUUUAUGGCGUACUGGGCAAGAUGCUCGAGGUGCAUGUGUUUGGACAUGAGAUGUUUGGGGCCAAUAAGGAGCAGUUGAGGGAGCUGAGGGAGUUGGAUAUGGAGCUAAUCGACAGUGAUGGCUUCUACCGCCAAAGAUGCCGCGCCCACAAAAUCCUCGCCUUCCUCCCCGACCCCAACACGCCCACCCCAAACUUCCACCACUCCCUCACCGCACUCCACGCCUCCUUCAUCGAAUUACUUUCCCCACUCCUCCCUCAGUCCCCACCGGGACUCCUCCAACCUCAACUCCUCACCAUCCUCCUCAAAGCAGCCACCCUCUCCCUCUCCACGCGCCGUGAGCGGAACGUAGUCUACCACUGGGAAACCCACCCCGCGGUCGGAAGCUUUUUCGAGAGUGAAACCAUGCACAUACUCAACGCGACCGAGCACCGUGAGGAGGAUGACUGGCGGCGGAACACGGAUCUGGAGGUCGUGACAAUGGCGGGGUGGCCGAGCUGCGUGGCGUACCGUCCUAAUGCCGCCGACGGGCCAGGGCCGAAGAAGAAGAAGGGCCCAAAGCCGAAGCUCGGGGUCAACAGGAUCGGAAGGGCAGAAGUGUGCGUGACGUUCGGGCCUGCCGUCAAGCCUUUGAGCGUGCAGCCGGACAAUUGGCUGGGGAAGAGGUUGAGGGUCGAGAUGACGGAGAGGGAUGCGGCGAAGAGGGCCGCAGAUGCAAAGGCGGCUGUUGCGAAGAAGGUGGCGGUGCUGGGGGUGGGGGUGUCGGCGGUGCUGGGGUUGGAGUAUUUGGUUGGACAUCCGUCGACUCUGGAUGAGGUGUUGGGGUAUUUGGGUUCGUUUGUCUGA